AUGGCAAGAUGUGGGCGCUUGUUUGGCGAAGAUAAUGCGGUCACUGAUGGCGCGAUGUGGGUGGAUAGUUUGUGGUGCAUUGGAAGAAGAGACGAAACAUCGAGUUGCAAUCAGGAAGAGCAACUUGCAGUCGAGGAGGGACCCGUAACGGGGAAGGUGGACGAUGGCGAGGAAUCAGAGUGCGAAGCGGUGCCCUUGCCAAUUCAGACAUUUCUAUGGCGUCAAACGAACCCAUUCCUCGGCGCCAAGGUCGGAAAACUUCACGAAGCAUCAUGUGUGGUGAGUGGUGUUUCGCUUCGUCUUUCUACUGUUGGAAUUCCAUUUAUACAUUUU